AUGAAGAAUGCCGUUCUGUCCACACUCUUUGCAUUUCUCCUCUGCUCAGCCAGCGUGCAAAUCGUGGGUACGCCCUCUGGCUUCGCAGCUGGGACCACGGGAGGAGGUAAUGCGACGCCUCAGACUCCCUCCAGCCUAGACGACACCCGGACAACUACCUGCGAGUGGAACCGACUGGCCGGCUCCGGUACCUGGCCCUCGUUGACGGGCCAGGGGGUGUUGGCUCAAUCUGCGCAGUACAAGGACAGCUAG